UUAUUUUUAGAUUAUUUUUCCAUACUUUUAUGUUAGCACCAUACAGAAGAGUAAGAGUACGUCCAUUACUUUGGCGACAAACGACAUUAGAAAAAUAUUUAACAACUCCAAUAUUUGGUAUUGUUGGGGCAAUUGCAUUACAUUAUAACAAUUGGAGUUUCUUUAAACAAGAGAAUAUUUAUGAUCAUGAUGGACCAGAAAAAGAUGCAAAGUGGAUGCCAAUUCGUAAACAAGAAAUAAUUCGACAUCUUAAAAUUGGGGCAUACUUUGCGACGGCUGGAACAUUAUUCUUUUUGUUAAUGAGAAUUAGAAAGAAAUUCACUGUAAUACCCAAAAAUGAUGUUAUGGUUGAAAAUUUUUUAAUUGAUGUUGGGUUUGGUGUUCCUUUAGGAGGGCUUCCUGUUGAAAUUGUUUAUUAUCUUCGGUCAAUUAAAGAUGAAGAGAAUAGGAAAAAGAUUGUUGCAGUUUAG